AUGACGACCCACGAGCAGUACAUACUGCACGUAACCGCAGGCGCAACAUACGACAGGUCGAAACACCAAGAUGUGCUCGUGAACAGCGAAAAGCCAGUGGAUAUAUCGUCCGACCUGAUUGACGCAAGACUGCACAUGCGCAUCAAAGACUACCGCGGUCUACCCGAAGGCUCCCCAAAAACCUCCCCUUACUUCUCGACCCCUCAACAUCCGUACGACCGCUACUCGAUAUCCUUCUCCUUCACCCCGAAACAAGACAUUGCAGGCGACAAGCUCGUUUUCGGAAACGACUUUGACCACCCCAUCCGUGACCGAUUACCGCCGUUGUUCGACAAGGCUUUCGGUAUAGUCAAGUGGUGGAUCGAUCCAGGGCUGGACGGCGAUGUAUACGCCGACGAACCAUACCUAUACGGCGCGCUGCUAUCCUCGAUAAACGUCCUGCGCAUCGGAAGCAAGAAGGACGAAGACAAGCCAAACAAGGGCGACUUGGAAGGUGAUGCGCAAACAGAAGGGGACGUGGAAGUCCCCGGCUCGGACGGCGAGGCAGUCGUCUAUGAGGAGGGCGCAGAUGGCGACGGCGCCGAGGUCAGGAAAGAGAAGCGCGUACCUGAUAAGGCCGGAGCAAGACAAAAGUUUUUCCUUACGGAGCAGAACCGAAAGGACUUUACGUUUGAAGCCGGCCGCGAAUACAAGUGCGAUUUCUUCAACCCGUAUCUUGACUUCAAUGAGUUUGCGCUCAAGAUUGGAUAUGUGCUCAAGAACCGGGAAACGAAUCAAGAACUUUUUGUUGUGGUUAUUGAGCUGCUGCCUACAGAGCAGGCGAAGAAAGAGGGGGCUGAGGGUCCUGAUGAGAAGUUCGAGGAAGUUCAUGGAGGUGAUAAGAAAGAGGGGGAGAGUGAUGACCUGGAUUAG